AUGGAGACCCACGUCUUCUCUACAGGGGAUCGGUGGCGCCGGCCGCGGAUCGCGGGGGCUCUUGUGAAGGCGCCUCGGCGAGCCUCAUGCAAACGAGUGAGUCUCUUCUGUCUCUUUACCUUUCUGAGUCCCGUAGGUCUACUCCUCUGUGCCCGUGCUCCUCACCACUUGUGCCUUGCUACACUCUCGAUCCGUCUCGUAGGCGCAGAGACGAUGCUCGCCGAAGUCGUGCGGCGCGCCAAGGAUUUAGUGGGUCAGCAGUGGAGGAACGGGUCACGGCAGAUUGCGGAGCGCUUCGACGUCUCCCACAGUUACCUGAAGUCUGUUCUUCCUCAGCACGAUGCUGUGGGACUCGAAAACUACAAGAUGAUCGCGGACCGGUACGCGGAACUGACAGAGGAAACCCGCGCGUCAGUCGGGGCGCGGCACUUUGAGGAGAUCAGCAAGCGUAAUGGUCACUAUCAACAGAUUCUCCUCGAGUAA